GCGCCAAAACGGCCUUUAAUACAGAUCUCGAGCCAGGCAAGAGACUUUCUCAUUGUUUGAAUUGUUCGGAUCGGAAUCCUAGAGCAGCUUUCCUCACAGCCCCCGGGAUCUGCAGAUCUGUUUUUGCUCCUCAGCGGGAGAAAUCAGGAGCAGGUGACCUGUGAAUUGUUGGCUUGGGAUCGGAUCAUGGAGGAUGAGUGGCUAGUUGCAGAGUCUAAUCAGAAGCCUGUUUUCAGGGAAACUCACCAGGAAACCUGUGAAAGUCUGGUGGCAUUGCGACCCCCAAGUUCCAAACCAAAUGAAAUUUUUUUGGUGGAAGAGGAGGAGGAGGACUCCUGCAUCCCAGAGCCUGGCAACAGGGAGAGCAAAAGAAGAGCCAAUUUAGCAGGUGAAGGACUGGGCAGCGAGGAGGAGGAGGAGAGCGAGGAGGAGGACGUGCAGCAGCAGGAGGGCCCCGAGGUGGUGGAGCUGGACGCCGCCAUGGUCCCCGGCCCCUGCAAGAGCCUGCGCUGGAGGGUGGUGCAGCAGGUCGGCGGGGGCCAGGUCCUGGCCGGGGACGGCCCGCCCAUCAUGGUCCUGCAGAAGGGCUACGAGUGCGAGGACUGCGGCAAGGUCUUCAGCUGCAGCUCGCACUACAGCAAGCACCGGCGCACGCACACCGGCGAGCGCCCCUUCCGCUGCAGCGACUGCGGCAAGAGCUUCAACGUCAGCUCCAACCUCUACCGGCACCAGCGGGCCCACAGCAACGCCAGCGCCGCCCCCGUGCCGGCCGCCCCCGCCCUGAUGCCCACCCGGGGCCUGCCCUACCAGUGCGCCGAAUGCGGCCGCUGCUUCCGCCGCAACACCGAGCUGGUGACCCACCAGCGGCUGCACACGGGCCGCCUGCCCUUCCAGUGCGGCGACUGCGGCAAGAGCUUCUCCUGGAGCUCGCACUUCGCCCGGCACCUGCGCAUCCACACGGGCGAGAAGCCCUACCCCUGCAACGAGUGCGGCAAGCGCUUCAGCCGCAGCUCCCACCUCUACCGGCACCAGCGCACCCACGGCACCAACGCGGCCGCCAACGUCACCCGCGCCUACAUCUGCACCUACUGCGGGCGCAGCUUCAGCACCACGCUGCACUUCGACCAGCACCAGCGCACCCACCGGGGCCGCAAGCCCUACAAGUGCACCCUCUGCGGCAAGGCCUUCGCCGACGGGCUGGCCCUGGUGAAGCACCAGCGCCUGCACCUGAUGGGCGGCGACCAGAGCCACCAGUGCCCCGAGUGCGGGCAGAGCUUUGGGGGGCGCUCGCAGCUGGCCCGCCACCGCCGGCUGCACGGCACUGCCGACAAGCCCUACGGCUGCGGGGAGUGCGGGCAGAGCUUCGGCACCCGCAGCCAACUGGCGCAGCACCGGCAGCUGCACCUCUCCGCCGACAAGCCCUACCACUGCGGCGAGUGCGGGCUGAGCUUCACCUGGAGCUCGCACUGGGAGCGGCACCGGCGCAUCCACACGGGCGAGAGGCCCUACUCGUGCGGGGACUGCGGCAAGCGCUUCGGGCGCACCUCGCACCUCUACCGGCACCAGCGCACCCACGCCGGGGGCCAGCCCCACAUCUGCCCGGACUGCGGCAAGAGCUUCAACAGCACCUUGCACUUCCAGCGCCACCAGCGCACCCACCACCUCGACCCGGGCGGUGCGCAGCUCCCCGCCCGCGCCUGUGGGGACUGCGGCAAGCCCUGUGCUGACGCCUCGGCCCGGCUCAAGCACCAGUGCGUGCGCGUGGGCGAGAGGCCGUUCCCCUGCCCCCAGUGCGGGCGCCACUUCCGUGGCACCUCCCACUUGUACCGACACCUGCGCAGCCAUGCCCACCGGGCAGGGGAGACUGUCUUUGUGCCCGCCCCGACACAGUGCAAGAAGACUGAGCCGUGCUAA